AUGGCCCCAACACAGGUCUUGUGUCAGCCUCCUUCUCUUUUCUCCCUCGUUCCUCAGAAGCUCGACUUGCACAUCGGUAAUGGCAAGUGGGAUACUAGACUCCGCGCCAUCGACACAAGGUCUCUGGCGGUUGCCCGUCUGCUGUCCAGGAGGUUUGACGCCAUCAUUACACCAAUCAAAUAUGAGUAUCUUUGCUUGAACGAUCUCAUUAUCGCUCCUCAAGCGCAGACUCAUCUCCCUGACGCCCUAGACAAGGUCUUUAAACAUACCCGGCAUGUGGAGGCUCGUAGUGACCUUGAUCCACGGAAUAUGAAGCGGUUAUUAGACCGUAUACAUAGAUUAUUAACAGUCAGGUGGACCUAUGUUGGGGCGGAUUUUCAUGUUGGAGAUUUUUGGAUGCCAGCAGACGUCAUCAGUGCUCACCACAUUCAACGGAACAGGACCAAACUCUACAUCGAUGAUUUGCCGCUCCGAAAUUUCUCAUCCGACCAGCAAGACGCUUAUUUGAGAGGGAUACCAACCAACGCACUCACAUCACUAAAGCUUGCCAGCCCAGCACCUCCACUAACGAAUAGGCUGGAGUCGCUAAGACAACUUAUCACGCGGUCUACAAAUCUCGAAACAUUUGUCUACCAAGAUAGAGGCCAGGGCACUCGAUUCUCCUUUGCAGAUGGAGAGCCUUUGCCCGCCUUCAAGGAGCUUGUGCUACGCUCAUAUGACUGGAAUCACUCUGCAGAAGAAGUGGAGGAAUACUGGGACUUUUCUCGCAUUCGCCUACUCAAGCUCAUUGAUGUUCCUAUUUUUGAGUUCUUGAGAUCCAUUCCCUUUGAAGACCUGGCCGAUCUCCAUACUUUACAGUGCGACGACUUUAGUGCCCAUCUUGCGGAUCGACGUCAGGACGCAACUCGGGGGCUAUAUAUACUGAUCAAGAAGAUCAAGGCGCUCCAGAACCUGCAAAUUACCUGCCACACACAAAGCUUCCCCAUAGACGCUCUCUCGGCCCACGCGAACUCCCUGCGCGUCCUGCGGUUCCGCGACCACGUCGGCUUUGGCGAAGACGACCACCGGUGUCCCACCAUGUGGCAAGGCGACCUCGCCGCACUUUCUCAGCAGCUCGUCGACUUGCAUACACUCGAGCUCGACAUGGACACCACCUACUGUGACCCGGUCCUCUUUGUCCGGGCCCUGUGCGGCUUUCCGCGUCUCCACACCCUGACCCUGCACGUCCAGACGGUGCUCCGCGCCUUUGAGGUCGUUCAUCCCGACGUGGACCGCGAUUACGAUGCCGCCGUCCGCAUCUGGCAGUCGCUGGUUCGGGACAAGACCGGUACCAUCCCGUGGCGCUCCAUCACCAUCAACGUCGGGGGCUGGAAACGCCACCUGGUCCGGCGACUCGGUGAGGCAUGGCGGGCGCAGAACGCACGUGGGAUAUUUGCCGAACGGUGCUUUGUCCUAGAGAGAAGUGCAGAGGGAGAAAUGACCAUACGGGAAGAGGUCGCUAUUGUGCGCUGA